CUCUCUUUUCUCUUCCUUCUUUGGUAUUUUUGGCCAAAGAGACCCCUAAAAACCACCCUUACCUUUCCCUUGCCUCUCCCUUAAAACCACACACCAAAGCCCACCUCAACACCACAACCAUGUUCCCCUUUUUCUUGCUGCCAUCACCAACCCCAAAACACCACACCCUUCUCUCUUAAUUCGGACACCAUAUUUCACCCAAAACCACCCAUCAUUUCUUACCAUUCUAGCUACUGCCCCAUUCUCUUCCUCUUCUUUCACACCAUUCAAGAUGUCAAACACCUCUGUAAUCAUCACCAAUGAAGAGCUGUGGGCCUCGAAUACAAAACUCAAGACCCAAGUGGAGUACUUGGCUAAGCAGAUUGCUCAACUCACCAAGUUCAAAAUGAAUAUGAUGAAUACCCCUGAAGAAAGUGAAGAUGAGCAAGAGGAAGAAGCCCAAUCAGAAACUCAUCCUUGUCCCACAAGAAGAAACAACCAAGAGAAGUCAUCUACUAAUUCCAAAGUUGAAAUCCCAACUUUUGAUGGCAAAGAUGACCCCAAUGAUUUCAUAGAGUGGUUAGAGACAAUUGAACGUGUCUUUGACUAUACCGAGGUAUCGGAGGAUAAGAAGGUCAAGCUUGUGGCCUUAAAAUUCAGAGGCUACGCAUCUACGUGGUGGACUAACACUACCACCAAGCGCAAAAGAGAAGGCAAGGCUGCUGUUAAAACAUGGACCAAGAUGAGAGCUUUAUUGAAGAAGAAGUUCAUUCCUACUCAUUAUAUAAGGGAAAACUUUGCUACGCUUCAAAACCUACGGCAAGGAAAUCAGUCAGUACUUUGUACCUGUAGCCAACAACCGGCCUUUAUGUACCGGUCAGAGGUAAGGUCCAUAACUUUAGAUGUCAGAGUUUGGGAACCUACUGUCAUGGAUUUGUUUCAAACUUUGGGUAAUUCAUAUUGCAACUCUAUUUGGGAGGAGAAGCUUUUACUUCCAAACUGUGGGUUAAAAAGCGAUGUUUCUGAUUUGAAACCAAAGUCCCUAGAUGCUUUUCAGAAAAAAGAGAAGUACAUCAUGUCAAAGUAUGUUGAAAAGCUGUUUAUCAAUAAAGAAGCUCUACUAUAUAACAUGAAUGAUGUUAUCACUAGCAUCUGGGAUGCAGUAAAGGCAGGCAAUUUGAGGGAAGUCUAUCGAAUAAUCGUGGCAUCAGAUGCAAAUACAAUCAAUGCCACUUAUGAUGAGGUGGUUGGUGCAUCACUAUGUCAUGCUUUUUCUGAGCAUGAAUCACUAAGAGGAUUUCACGACUCUAAAAAGAAAUGUUAUGAUCCAGCAGCCUGUGAAAAUAUCGAGCAGUGUCUCCAAGGGUGUUCAAUAUUACAUCUAGCGUGCCGCUCUGAUAAUCCUGCAAUUGUUGAACUACUGCUGCAAUUCGGUGCGGAUAUAAAUUGGCGUGACUUGCAUGGAAGAACUGCUCUGCAUCAUUGCAUUUCAACAGGGAACGAUCAAUUAGCCAAAUUUUUGCUUAGAAGAGGGGCUCGUGCUUCAGUUAGAGAUGCUGGGGGUUUCAGUGUACUCGAAAGGACCAUGGAAAUGGGUGCAAUCACCGAUGACGAACUGUUUGUCUUGCUUGCUGAGAGUGAGUGAAUUGGCGGGGUUUCUAUUUCGAACUUGAUUCCUCUGAAGCAGUUUGGUAACUGGAAUGGAAAGAAAGCUGUUUGAAGUUGGAUUAUUUCCAAAGAUUGGUAAUUAUUUCUAUUGUUCCCAUUGUUGUAAUGUUUUAUUAUAUAUAUUUGAACAAAGGUUGAUGAUAAUACAGACCAAACUGUCCCUCUUCUGUGUCCCAACUCUCUGUCCCACCAUUCACAUUCUGCCACGCUAUCCCACCACCCUUCAAAGAUGGAUUUAGAGGUGGGGGGGGGGAGUUUUGUGGCACAAUUUGAAUGGUUGAACAGAGAGUUGGAACAGGGAAGAGAGACAGACAGAGGAUCCAAGCCCCCCAAGAGACUAGUUUGUAAAUCUUUCAUCUGUUGUGAGUAUGUGGCAAAACAUUUGUAGUCAUUG